AUGUUCCUGGCCAAAUCCUCCACUCGUCUCAGAGCUACCACUCCUUUGCACCACGCCGCUACUACUGCUCUUUCUGACCUUAAACCCUUCUGUCUUGCUGCUUUGCCUUACAUUUGGAAUGCCAUUCCUGCAUUCAUCCAGAGAGAAUUCCCCCUUGGCCCUGGCUCACGCUUCCCUUCUGCCACUCACAACCGCCUUUCGCUUCGGGAGGAGCCCUCUGCUGCGCAGAUGCCGCCAGGUCUUAAAGUGAGAGGACCAAGGGGGAAGUUCUGGGAAGCCAAGGGAACCGCAAUGUUGACAGGAAGGGCGGGGAACAGACAGCGCAGAUGUGGAACAGGCAGGGACAUUACUGGUCAGUGCAGUACAAAUUCAGGAACCAGGGGCGCAGCCAGGAUUACCAGGCCGGAUCAGUACCAGUCAAACAGUGCAGAACAGAAUCAGGAGCCAGGAGCGUAG